GCGCGCGGGGGCGAACGCCUCUUCGGGCGCGCGCGGCGGUCGAGACGGCGUCGACGCGACGCCGGAGAUCGCGCUCACACGCGUGGCGACGUUGGCGUGUGAAUCCCUCGCCGCGGCGCUCGACGCGCGCGCGGUAUCGAUCCCCGAGGAGGACCGCGCCGCGUUCGCCGCGAGCGUAAAACGCGCGUUGGACGCCGUCGUCGCGUGUCGCUAG